AUGGAAACACAAAAGCGUCCUUCUGAUAAUUACUAUAAGGUGCUCACCAUAAUUCGCUUCUGCUCUCGCCUUAUGGGUAUUGAUGUUAUAAACCCAGAUUUUAAAUUUAACUACGUAACUGCUUUCGUUGUGAUUGCCAUUGCGUGGAAUUUCUUAUGUUCAUUGUACACGAUUUACAAAGACAUUGCCACGGAUUGGACAAUACUCCUGGAUGUAUUCGCACCUAUCAGUUGUGCCACUCAAGGGUUUGUGAAACUAUGUUCGCUUUGGGCGUACCCGGAGCUAUAUCGACAAUUAGCUGUGGAAAUUGGGCAGAUCUAUGAGAAAUACCAAUCAUUGGGACAGAAAUAUGAAAACAAAUUAAAAGAAUGGAAUAAGAGCAUGAAGAAAAUUUUGAUUGCUGGUGCCCUAGUAUAUUUUACAUCGUCUUGCCUAAGUCUGGUCACACCGCUUUUUCUGUAUAUCUUCAAGGGUGAAAGACAUCUGAUUAUUAUGUGCCAGAUGCCAUAUGUCGAUUUGGACACCAAUCAAGGCUACUUUAUUACGAUCACCUACAAUGUUUUAUGUGUUUUCAUAGCCGCAUUUGGAUUGUAUGCGGCCGACUUGUAUGUUUUCCUCUACUUAACGCACUCAAUUUUCUUCUACGACAUAUUCGAAUUGAAAGUGAGUGAUCUGCAUGAGUUGCUGCAACAGGACUCGAAGGAUAAACGAGUAACCGCCGUAAUAAAUAGUAUAGCGGAAUGGCAUCAAUAUUACUUGGACUUUAAUGAUAAAUGCAAUUCGAUAUUCUUUUGGACCAUCUCGGCGCACAUCAUCUGUACGACUUUGGGCAUUUUGAGUACGUUGCUCAUAAUUAUACUGAAAUAUUGGCCUAGUGCGUAUGCCUACAUAUUUGUCUGCUUUGUAUGGUUGUAUAUGUACUCUUUUUUGGGUACACGGGUUGAAAUAUGCAAUGAUCAGUUUUGCGAUGGAAUUUACGAUAUCAACUGGUAUGACUUAAAUGUUUGUGACCAGAGGACUGUACUUUUAAUGCUCUUGCAAUCUCAAGUGCCACGCAUUAUAACCAUAGCGGGAGUCGAACCAUUGUCAGUGAACACUGCGCUUAAGAUCACUCGCUCAAUCUACAGCCUAGUUAUGAUGGUGGUGCAGUUCAGUGAAUAACCUCAAACUUAGAUAAACAGAAGAGCAACACAAAUCCUUUUGUAGUUAUGCAAUGUUAUUUUAGCCGUUCGCAUCAUCUAAA